AUGUUUGGCCGGUCGCCGCCAAAUAUUCUGGCGACUUUAAUAUUUUGUUUUUUACUACUUUUCCUACGAAACCAUUGUCCGGUAGAAGCAAAACCGCACCGGAAACCGGAUUCUUUGAGACCAAAUACAGCAGGUAACAUUAUCUAUGAAGGAGAUUGGCCAGAACUUGUAAACUAUAAAAAUGGCCACUAUAAGAGAAGUCCGCUGGAAGUGGAGGAUGAGCAGACGGACAGUAAGGGGCAGAAAAUGUUAAGUCUUACGCCUGGGAAAAGACAAGGUAUUGAAACACCAAUUCAGCCUUUGACGUCGGAUCCUAAUGUUGACUUUUCACACUUGAACAGUGCACAAAUCGUUCGGUCGAAAGUCGACCAGCCUGAAAGCGAAUCAUCUGCUGUUUCGGUGGAGGAGGAAAAGAGAGUGUCUGACGAUAGCUCUGGUGCGAAACAGGAAUUAAAGGAAAAUGAUAAUAAAAAAAAUGAAGAACACCAGAAUGAAGACAUUUUGCCGAGUAAUGAAAACAUGAUUGAUAAACAGAACAAAGAAGCGACAAAUGGGAACAGUGCUUCGUCAUCGCAGGAUGAAGUUGUUGCUAGUAAAGACAGUCAAAAUAAAGAAGCGGCCGAUCAAAACACAAAUAGCCAAAGUGUUGGGGAAAACAAGCCGUCUGCAGAUGAAAAUGCGCAAGUUCGAAGUGUUGCAAACAAUGUAGGCAAAGUCAACAAACUUGAAAAUAUCCCUAAUGACAAAAGCAAUGCUAAUUCGUCAAGCCUUUCUCUACAACUGGAAAAGAAUCAGGCUCGUUCUGGUCAGGCUUUAACUAAACCAACCAACAAGCAACAAGAGGACGCCAAUGAAAGUAAAAGUAAAGCAAUAAAAACUCCACCACCGGUAACGAGUACCUCAGCCAGUCAGAACGCGAUAGCUUCUCCAGAAAACAGCCCAUCCGUUAAACCUGGAAUGUCAUCUCAGGAAAGCAGCCUAACAGCCACAGCACCUCAAGUUCAAAGCGCACCGGUAGGCCCGGUGCGAGAUGCACUAGGAAACAGCGGGUCAGAAAUAGUAACAACUCAAACUCGCGGAGCACCUGAACUUGACACCUACGCAGAGCGAGACAAUGAGCCUAAACCAUCCAAUGGGCCGGAAGUUGGACAUUUUCAAGUAGACGACAAAUCUGCUGAUCUUGAAAUAAACGCAAAUUCUGCAGGAGUCAAAGUUAAAGCCAAACCUGCUUCAUUACAGGUGGUUUCACGCCCUGGUUCGCAUUCUGGGGCGGGAUCACAGGAGCGAUCUUACUUCCCUCAUUAUCAUUAUCCUCCUUACCACCCCCACCACCAUUGGUUUCCUGGUAUGCGGAGAUCGUUCGGACAUUUCCAUCGUCGCCAUUUCUUCAAUCCAUAUUCACCCUUCCUAGAGAGGCGUGGCUAUGAGAAUUUUUACGACGAAGCACCUUUCUAUCGUCGUCGCCUGCAUUACUGGUACCCACACAGGCAUCGACACCAUUUCCAUGAUUCUGAUUUGUACGAAAGAUCUCGUUUGGAGGAGCCGGAUGACGUUUCAAGAUACCGUCGGCGACGAAGGCACAAGCGGCGUUUCAGGCAUAUGAACCGGCCAUAUAGGCGGCAGUUUUACAACAAUAUUCCCAUAUCAAGUGGCAUAAAUGCUCCACCUCAAAUGGGAGUACCGCCAGAAGAAGGAACAAUGCCUCAGUUACCAUUGGGACUAGGCCAGUCCUUUACUCAGCGGCAGAAUAUAAUAACACCGAUGCCACCACCUAUCAACGUGGAGGGAAAUCCUCCUCCUGGCUUGCUUGAAGGAAUGAACGGACCGAAUUUUGCUAUGAACGGGAUUGAGGGCCUAAACAAUUUAAACGGAAUGAAUGAGAUAAACAAUGCUUUUAACGGGAUGAACGGAAUGAACGAAAUGAAUAGCAUGGGCGCAAUUGGCCUCAAUCCGUUAGGACAAAUGGGUACCAUUGGAGGCUUACAAGAAGGUGCGUUAGAAGAAAUGCCCAAUGCAGAGCAAGCUGGUAUUUCCAGGGCACUUGGAACCAGAAAUAGGCCGUCAGAAGCACCACGAAGGGCCUUCAAAAAGACUGCUAUUCUCUCGGGAACGAAAAGUAAGAACAUGACAAAGACAGAACAUUCGCACGAGAAAACGUUAGAAUCAAAAACGGAGAAUUUAAGCGAAAACCCUGAAAAGAGGAAAGCAACUAAACAUGGUAAAAAAGGAGGCGUAAACCUUAAAAAGUGGGAAAAAACGCUUAAACGCUAUCACGGAAUAAACGCAGCUUCAUCAAAGUCACCGGGAAAACGCAAGUUCCGUCGAAGUACGAAAUCCCUUCCGGCCGACCAAGAAUCAUCAAAACCUGAGGGAAAAACUGAUCAUAAACACGCUGCAUCGUCUCUUCAUGCCCAACACGCAAAAGACGAAAAGGGGAAGAGAAAAAACGAAAUUGUGAUGCAUCGUCCACCAAUAAUCUAUCACCCGCCCCCUGAAAUCUAUCAUCGCCCUGAUAUCGUGGUUCACCGUGCUCCCAUAAUGCUCCACCGACCACCUAUCAUCUACCAUCAGCCUCCUGUUGUUGUUCAUCGGCCAGCAAUCAUUUAUCAUCAACCACCCAUUGUAUUCCAUCAACCCCCACCGAUGGUGCAUCAGCCAAUCUUGCACUCUCACGACACGUGGGUGACAAAGCCUGUUGUCUUCCACACAGCUUCGACAGUUUCGCAUGAGAAGACCUAUUACGGAAUACCAAAUCACGUGUUUUCUGGAGCUUACGGUGACGAUUGUCAUGGCGGUCACUGCUCUUUCAGAAAAGGUCAUGUGCCUCAUAGAAGUAGUACUCAGGCGAAGGGCCUUAAGCAUUCAGACAACCACAAGAAGAAAACAAAACGUAACAGUCUUGGCGAUUAUAUGGCUUACUUUACAUCCCUAUGGAAGAGAAGCCCCUUAAACAAAAGAGAUACCGAAGAUGCAUAUGCUUUUAUUUCGUCAAGCGACGGUGCCAGACAAAAGCUUAGCUACACGGACAUGAAUAAAGGUGCCAUAAGUAAAAGGGACACUAGAUCACAGUAUAGUACACCUCUUAAUAGAAUUUGGAAACAAAAAGUUAAACGGAACUCCGAUGACUCCAAGAACGGUACAGAAAACAAGAAAAAGAAAGAUGUCGUUGUCAAUCGACCACCAAUUAUUUAUCAUCCACCUCCAGAAAUUUACCACAGGCCAGACAUAGUAGUACAUCGCCCUCCUCUGGUAAUUCACAGGCCACCCAUCAUCUAUCAUCAGCCGCCAGUCAUUGUUCAUCGCCCAGCCGUUGUGUAUCAUCAGCCGCCGAUUGUUUUUCAUCAGCCACCACCGGCAGUUAGCCAGCCGUUGCUGUAUUCACAUGACUCUUUCACAGUACACCCUACCUUCUUUGCUACACAUCAUGGAUCUGUUGUUCGCGACUUUGGACAUUACGUGGGCGUGCCUAACGUUAUUACAAAUUACGGUAAUCCACUAUUUGGAAGGGGACCUAUCGGCAAGAGAUCUGAAAUAGAAAAAAGGCCAUCUGAAGGCAACACAACGACCUCAAAGAGUACCGGUUCAGCGGAACUCACCUCUAAGAAAGCCUCCCUGAAUGAGCAAAACAACAAGGCGAGAAAUGAGUCAAGUGAAAAAGCCGGGAAAAAGAACACUGUUUUAGUCCAUAGGCCUCCAAUAAUUUAUCAUCCACCCCCGGAGAUUUACCACCGACCUAUUAUAGUUGUUCAUCGACCACCAAUUAUGAUCCACCGUGCGCCAAUAUUCUAUCACCAACCACCAGUGGUUGUUCAUCGUCCUGCUAUAGUGUAUCAUCAGCCCCCAUUAAUAUUCCAUCAACCUCCACCAAUGGUCCAUCAGCCAGUAUUAAAGUCUCACGAUACGUGGAUAUCAAAGCCUGUAGUGAUACCUUUCUCUUCACGCGUAAUGCAUCAUCACACGUACGUUGGGGUUCCUGAUGCCUAUACCGUUCAUCAUUUCGAGGGAUCACACGGCUUUUACAAAUCAAGAAUUUUAAAGCAUACGCACCACGAGGAUGAACAUGCAUAUGAACGAAACAAAAUAACCGGCGAGAAUAAUUCAACAAAAACAGAUACAGAUUCUUCCCAGAAGAGAAAAACAAUGACCCAAGAAACCAAGCAAAACAGCACAUUAAAUCUCAAAACAACAAAGACAACCAAUCAGAAGGGAAAGAAGAAAAAUGCAGUUAUUGUGAGACGUCCUCCAGUUAUUUACCAUCCACCGCCUGAAAUAUACCACCGCCCAGAUAUUGUAGUUCACCGAGCUCCUAUUGUUGUCCAUCGCGCUCCAAUAGUUUAUCAUCAGCCUCCUGUAAUUGUACACCGGCCAGCUAUCGUCUAUCACCAGCCACCGCUAAUAUUUCAUCAGCCUCCACCAGUGGUACAUCAACCAGUUUAUCGGUCACAUGACACUUACGUGCAAAGCCCAGCGGUCAGACUAUUUGGGUCGAGACUGCAUCAUGUUGGGCACAUCUAUAAAAUACCGCACGCAUACUAUCAUGGACCUGGCGGUGCCCUUCACUACAUGGCAUAUGGGAAAUCCAAAGUACCUAAACAGAAGGAUUACAAAGAAGAGGAAGGUGAGACGAGAAAUAAUGUUAAGAGCAAAAAAGUAACAAAGAAUCAUCACGCAAGACCAAAACAUAAAAUUCUAACAAGAAGCAAGGAUAAAACAGAAACGGGCACGAAGCUUCACAAAAACAACAACAUUAUUUACCAUAAGGCAAAGGAGGUAACGGAAAAAGCAAACAAAAAGAACUCUGUAGUCAUACAUCGGCCGCCAAUUAUCUACCAUCCACCGCCGGAGGUCUAUCAUCGACCUGAUAUUGUAGUUCACCGAGCCCCGAUAGUACUCUACCGCGCACCGAUAGUGUACCAUCAACCACCAGUUGUGGUUCAUCGUCCAGCUAUUGUAUAUCAUCAGCCACCUAUCGUUUUCCACCAGCCUCCACCGAUGGUUCAUCAGCCAGUUCUUCAUUCUCAUGAUACUUGGGUUACAAAACCUGUAGUAGUCCCAUAUGCAUCACAUGUACACCACGUUGCUACGUACAGAGGGGUCCCUCACGAAGAGAUAUUUAUGCACGGUAUAGGCACUGGGGCAUUCGGUAAAUCUCACGUUCCCGUAAGAGGAUCCCGCAGAAACGAGAUAAAAAGUGUGGAUCGCGGAGAUAAGAACAAGACAAUAAACGCAGACAAGGAAACAACAACGGAAGAAAAGGGGCAACCGGAGAACUUAAGACAUAGAAUAUCGAGAGAUGCAUUUGGCGUAAUGCAAGGUAAGGAAAGACUUGGUGCAGAAAAGAGAAUAAGGAGAGCAAUAUUUGGAUCUGUGACCAGAAAUCAGUUGGACGACAUUACUGAGAGGAGCCCUCUUGGAGCUGAAGCGAGAAUACAAAGAAGUCUUCUAAAUUCUCUGUCUCAUGUUUACCACCCAGAUUACUCUAACAGUCAGGAAGGAGCUUCUCAUGAUGCGACCAGACCUGAGCGAUCUAUAGGCGUCUCUGCGCUUAACAUGGGUGCUGGUGCCAGGAUUCAGAGAGCCGUAGCAAAACCAUGGACAGCGUUUGAAGGUGAGCUUCCAUAUCCUAUGUUUAAACGUAGUAGUGACGAAACUGAAAAAUCCUCUACACCGGACGAAAAUGCAAACAAAAACAGCAAUAGCACCAAAAAGACACUACUAAUAAUUCAUAGACCGCCAAUACUGUAUCAUCCACCGAGCCAUAUGAUUCAUCGACCUUCCAUAGUUGUUCACAGACCGGACAUAAUAGUUCACCGCCACCCCAUCGUCUUUCACAGGCCGCCGAUUCUCGUUCACCGACCCCCAAUCAUAAUUCAUCGCCAGCCAGUUCUCAUUCACAGGCCACCAAUUAUAGUUCAUCGACCGCCAUUAGUGUUUCACCGGCCAUCUAUAAUCAUUCAUCGCCGUCCAUAUAUAAUACAUCAUCACCCGAUUCUCUUCCAUCGUCCGCCAAUCAUUAUCCACAGGGGACCUCAAAUGAUAGUUCACCAUUCCCAUCUGAUUCAUCAUUAUCCAAUGCACAUGAUUCAUAUGACUUGCCCAGGUUGCGGCUUUGGGAAAUCUACUGUUGCACGACUAGAAGGUCACCAUACUGAUCACGACAAUGACAAAACGUCACACUCUGACAGAUUGCUUAAAGAUGCUAAUGUCAAGGAUCCCCAUCGGCAAAGUGCUAACCCGUCAAAACGCUCUGUUGCAGACAAGAAGUCAACAAAACAUACUAAGGAAGACGAGCAUCACAAGAAGAGAAGAGAUGGGCACAAAAAGAAGAAGGACGUAGUCGUUAACAGACCUCCGAUUAUCUACCAUCCCCCACCGGAGGUGUAUCACAGACCAGACAUUGUUGUACACAGAGCACCAAUUCUCAUCCACAGACCACCAAUUGUUUAUCAUCAACCGCCUGUUGUUGUUCACCGACCAGCUGUAGUUUACCAUCAACCACCCAUUGUAUUCCACCAACCCGCUCCAGCCGUUAAUCAGCCAUUACUCUAUUCACAUGAUAGCUUUGUCCUACAUCCAAUGGCGUUUGCAUCUCAUAUGGGUUCUAUUGUAAACGACGCUGGCCAUUACGUUGGUGUACCUCAUGGCGGAAUAAGCAACUACCCUGGAAAUAUACUUCAUAGUCAUAUGGGUCAUGUGCUUCCUUCGUUUAACCCAACGGGUUGGUCGCGAAGAGCUGAAGUCUCCAAGCCACAAAGCAAAAAAGAUUCAAAGGUCAGUCAUGGGAUGCACAACAAACAUUCAAAACGUUCCACAGACAUGGAAAGUAGUACCAAAAGUGAAAAGCAACGAAAGAGCAAAACACCUGUCAAGCAGGAAAGCAAGCAGAGAAAAGGUGAGAGAAAGAAUAAAGUUGUCGUUGCACGACCACCUUUGAUUUAUCACCCACCCCCUGAGAUCUAUGACCAGCCAGAUGUCAUAGUACACAGACCUGACAUAAUAAUCCACCGACCUUCCGUUGUGUACCACCAGCCAUCUGUAGUUGUCCACAGGGCACCGGUGGUUUAUCAACAGCCACCUGUUGUAUUUCAUCAACCUCCUCCUAUGGUCAAUCAGCCAGUAUAUCAUGCCCACGAUACGUACGUAGCACAUCCAGUGUAUCAGCCAGAAGCGAGCCACGUUUCGCACUCAGCAACAUACGUAGGAGCACCCCAAUACUACCCGGGGCAUAACAGCUACGGAUGGGGAUUACCAGGGCACGUAGGAGCACCUCAAUACUACCCGGGACAUGGCAGUUACGGAUGGGGAUUACCAGCAAGCGUGUCGAGUGUACAUCCACUGGCAACUGCGAGGAUACCUGGAUACGGUUAUCAGAGUGGUUCUGCUUAUCCUGACUUUAGAGGUUUCGGGUACACACCGUCCCCAGCUUCCUAUGGAAAUGCCUUUGGACGAUCAGAGGUUGAAAAUCAUAAGAGUGCGAAAACUAAAAAGAACGACAAAAUUAAAUCAAAAACGAGGAAUAAAGAAAGCCGCAGACGAAGAUCACUUGAGCUAAACAAGCGCAGCUUCCAUCAUCAUCAUCAUCACCACCACCAUCACCAUCACCAUCACCAUCACCAUGGUGAUCACCAUCGUGGAAGUAAGCGUCAUUACCAUUUUCGACCUAUCAGCUCCUUUGCGCAUUUAGGACAUCGUAAACACAUAGUAAUUAUCCAUCGACCUCCUCUUAUUUAUCGUCCACCACCGCAAGUUUAUCGUCGGCCAGAUAUAUUGAUGCACCUACCACCCCUUGUAUAUCACAGACCAGCACUAAUGUUUCAGCAGCCCCCGACAGUAGUUCACCAUCCUCCAAUUGUCUACCAUCAACCACCCGUGGUCUUUCACAACCCUCCUUCAAUUGUCCACACCCCAAUAAUUCGCUCACAUGAGUUGAUUUCACCUCAUCUCCAGCAUGUCAUGGUUCCAACGUCAUCAUACGUACAUCCCAGUGCGAGCUACUUCGGACCUGUUGUCCCAGGCCAGGCAUAUGGAAAGUCUGAUAUUGAGCGAACGACGGCUGGGAAAGACUCCUCUACCGCCAAAAGCGAAAAUGGUUUGGGUGCCAAAAGUAACAACAACGCAAAAGCUGAAGAAAAGCGAGAUACUUCCACUAAUCCACAAAACGAAAAGACUGCUAAGAAGGGAUCAAAGAAACAAAAUGUCGACCUAGUAGUUCACCAGCCACCGAUUGUGUACCAUCCACCACCUGACGUCUUUGACAAGCCACCUGUGGUAAUGCACCAGCCUCCGAUGGUUGUGCAUCGUCCGCCCAUCCUCAUACACAGGGCCCCUGUUGUCGUACACAGACCUCCAGUUAUUAUACACAGACCCCCUAUAAUACUUCAUCAGCCAGCACAAAUUUAUCGUGUACACAGCGGACAUUUCUUUCACCCUAUGAGAUAUGCAUUCGGAAAGUCCAAAAUAGAAGGCGAUAGCCACACAGGAUUGAAAGAUUAUGAUAAAAAACACAGAGUCCAUAAACCUGAAGCAAGCCAAGAUAAAGAAAAGACAACCAUUAAGAAAGGACAGAAAAAGAACACUGUCUUUGUCCAUAGACCUCCAAUGAUUUACCAUCCUCCACCGGAAAUCUACGAUCGACCAGAUGUUAUAGUGCACCGCCCGGACAUCAUUAUACAUCGACCAUCGAUCGUGUAUCAUCAGCCUUCAGUUGUUGUUCACAGGCCUCCGAUAAUUUAUCGCCAGCCCCCGGUUGUUUUCCAUCAGCCCCCGCCAAUGGUUCACCAACCAGUUUUACACACACACGAUACUUACCUGGCUCAUCACGUUCCUGUGCCUUACACCUCACAUGUAGAGCAUUCAGGAACGUACGUUGGAGCACCACAUUUUUUUAAUCAGCCUUUUAUUGGUGGAUAUGUGGGGAACGCUUUUGGCAAAUCAAAGGUUGAAAAGUCCAGCGACAAGACUUCGAGCAGGAGUCAUGCAAGCAAAUACAAAGCUAAAGGAAAAUCAAAGAGAGCGUCCACAAUGGAUGCGGAUCACAACAAGGCAGCUAACAUAACUAAUGCUUCAAGCUCAUCGCACACUUCUCCUGGUCACAAAAAGAACAAGGUUAUUAUCAAUAGACCAGCAAUGAUAUACCACCCCCCACCUGAGAUAUACGACAGACCGGACGUUAUCGUUCAUAGACCGGAUAUCAUUAUACAUCGCCCUUCGAUUGUUUAUCAUCAACCAUCAGUUGUUGUCCACAGACCUGCCAUCGUCUAUCGUCCCCCUACAGUAAUAUUUCAUCAGCCCCCUCCUUUGGUAAAUCAACGUAUAAUGCACGCACAUGAUACUUAUGUUGCCCAUACUGUUCCGGUACCACAUUCUUCUUACAUACAACACACAUCCACAUACGUUGGCAGCCCUCACUACUACCCAGGAGGCUGGAACUAUGGGUGGAGUCAACCACAUCCAUAUGGAUUAGCGUAUGGAAAAUCAAAGGUACCUGCAACAAAAGAUACCUCCUCGAAGAAGCACAAGUCAGCAAAUAAAGAUAAAGUGAAACGAUCAAAUGAAGACCAAGAGGAAGAGGAAAAGACAGACAUCAAGCAAAUGCAUGAUAGAGCGAAACACAAAGAAAACGCCGACGGAAGUCGGAGAACUCUUGAGAAAGAAACAAAGGAAAUAGAGGAGGAGAUCACAUUAAAAAAUCAAACUGGAAAGGACACGCGCGGAAAGAAAAAGAACGUUGUUGUUAUGCAUCGACCUGCCCUAAUUUAUCAUCCACCGCCGGAAAUUUACGAUAAACCAGAUGUUAUCGUACACAGACCCGACAUCGUUAUUCACAGACCCUCUGUAGUUUUUCAUCAGCCUUCAGUGGUGGUUCACAGGCCACCAGUUAUUUAUCGGCAGCCCCCUGUGAUUUUUCACCAGCCAUCACCGAUGGUCCACCAACCAAUUCUUCAUGCACAUGACACGUACGUAGCACACCCUCAUUUUGUUCCAUUUACAUCGCACGUUCAACAUACAGGAAGCUACGUUGGUGCCCCGCACUUCUAUCCAGGGAUGUGGGACUAUGGACAACAUGGGUUUGGCAAAAGUCACAUUUUUGGUAAACCAAAAGUAGAAGGCAAGCCAAAACAUCUCAGAAAAAGUGUCGGCAGUGCUUCAAAGAAUGAAACGUUUAGCGAAGGGGAUAAAAGGAGUUUACCAGUUGAUAAAAACUCUUCAGCUACUGAAAAGCAUAGAAGUAAUGACAAAGUUUCGAUGAAAGGACACAAAAAGAAUUUGGUGGUAAUGCAUCGCCCACCACUUAUUUACCACCCACCUCCAGAAAUAUACCAUAAGCCCGAUAUUAUUUUGCACAGGCCGGAUAUUGUAAUUCAUAGACCCUCGGUAGUGUUUCAUCAGCCAUCCGUUGUUGUGCACAGACCCCCUGUGAUAUACCGUCAACCGCCGGUUGUGUUUCAUCAGCCAUCUCCAAUGGUACAUCAGCCCAUACUUCAUGCGCAUGACACGUACGUUGCUCAUCCACACUUUGUUCCAUACUUGUCCCACGUAACACACGGGGGUUCGUAUGUAGGGGCACCACACUUUUUCCCAAGUCAUUGGGGACCAGGCCAUGGGUUUGGGCAUUUCUACUUCGGACAUGCGUUUGGAAAAUCCAAAGUAGAACAAGGUACACGAGAACUCAAGUUGGAAUCUGCUAAUAAAACUGUGUCGUCUAACAAACACGUAGACACGGCUGUGCAGAGCAGAAGUAGAAGAGCGAACGCAGAUCUUGAUUUGCGUGGAGGUAAGCCACACGCAAAGCCGAAAGACAAACAUGGAAAAGAUAGAAGCGAAAAAGAGAUGAAAAAGGUGGCCCAGUUCCAUCCAGAAAAAGAACAUAAAAAAAGACAUGGCAAAGGACACAAAAAGAACAUGGUUCUCAUUCAGCGCCCGUCGAUGAUUUAUCAUCCUCCUCCAGAAAUCUAUGACAGACCCGCUAUUAUUGUACAUCGGCCAGAUGUUGUUAUUCACCAGCCAUCAAUAGUGUAUCAUCAACCAUCAGUGGUAGUCCACCGCCCUCCAAUAAUAUAUCAUCCACCACCAGUAGUAUUCCAUCAACCACCCCCAAUGAUACGCCAGCAGAUGUACACUUCACAUGACGUUUAUCGGAGCCAUCCGUAUUUUGUGCCCUAUAUGUCUCAUAUUAACCACGCACAAACCUACUUUGGCGCGCCAAACUACUUUCCUGGCAGCUGGGGGUAUGGUUACGGAUACGGUUCUUCUUUGGCGCCGAUCGCUGAACCAAGAAGAUUAAACAAGCUCAGUGGUCCCUUUCUAAGAUCUCCAAGUUAUGGAUCUAGUUAUGUUGCACCCUCUGCUCGGGUGAAUGGCGUGAGUGGUAAUUAUCGUUCAGCCUUUACCAAGUCAAACGUUAUGAAGCACGAAAGACAAACGAAAGAGUCAAAAAGGACAAGAGAUUAUCAGAAGAAAGAAAAUGUUAACAUGAAACAUCAUCGCCAUUCUCACAAACAAGAAAAGCGACAUCGACGCUCUGUGCAUUUAUCAAAUGUUCAGACAAAUAUCCACUCCACGAAAAACAAGCUUCACAAAAAGGGGCACAAAUUGGAUAAGGGAGGUAAGAAGAACCUUGUAAUAUUAAACCGACCUUCUCUAGUGUAUCAUCCGCCUCCUGAAAUCUACCAUAAGCCUGAUAUAAUCAUGCACCGGCCUGAUGUUGUUAUUCACCAGCCUUCAGUGGUAUACCAUCAACCCUCAGUUGUGGUUCAUCGUCCACCAAUAAUCUAUCGACAACCUCCAGUGGUAUUUCACCAACCAGCGCCGAUGGUAAGCCAGCCAACGUUUCACUCACAUGAACACUACAUUGCCCAUCCUUCUUUUGUUCCAUACACGAGUCACGUUUACCAUUCGGGAAGUUAUUUAGGUGCACCGGAUUAUUUUCCUGGAGGGUUGAGCAGUGGAUAUAGCCAUGCCUUUGGGAAGUCGCAUGUUCUUAAGUACAAAUCAACGCCAAAAAAGGACAACGCAAAGUAUCAGGGAACAGACAAGAUAAACAAAGAACAGAGACGAAGUACUAAAGGAAAGAUCUUUCAUCCACAAAAGGAAAAGACUGAAAAAGCCUCCAGAAAGAAUGACAUUGUUGUAAGUCGUCCUCCUAUAAUUUACCAUCCGCCACCCGAAAUUUAUCAUCGACCAGACAUCGUGGUUCACAGAGCGCCGAUAGUACUUCAUCGUCCACCAAUAAUUUAUCACCAGCCUCCAGUAGUUGUCCAUCGGCCGGCUGUUGUUUACCACCAACCCCCUGUAGUAUUUCAUCAACCACCACCAACAGUGAAUCAACCUAUUUUACACUCACAUGAUUCAUUUGUUGUCCGCCCUGCCGCCAGAUUCUACCCACAAGGUUCUUCUAUUUCACAUAGCAUGAGUUAUGUGGGAAUUCCAAGCCACGUAUUACAUGGAGAUGAAUUAGGAUUUGAACAUUUCCAUAACCUUCAUCGAUCACGAAUAGAACACAACGAGAAGGGUCCACUGACAGCCCAAAUGACAAAAUCAACAAUCUCGAAAAUACCGACAACCAACAAAGAAAAUACGGGAACGACUAUCACUGACCAGACGCAAAAGAAAACUCUGAGAUCCACUAUUAGGCACCCCAAAAUAACUAAAAGACAGCUCAUAGGCUCUCAUUCACUAUUUGAAUCUUUCUCCCCAAUAAACAAUGUUCAAGAACCACAACAUGCAGUAGAGCAGGAUGAAAAGUUAUCAACCAUACCGGGAGAGAUCUCAAAACGUGAAAACGACAUUGCGAAGAGACAACUUAUCCUACCAGAACCUACGGAAAAUGACUAUCAUCCUUCUUUACCGUCAGCAUACAGCUCAUUACAGUUGGCGGCUCUCCAAAACCAAGCUUUUGCGGCCUCUGAAGGUUUAGGGCAGUCAAAUGGUAUUGAACAAGAGCAUAUGGCUGAUCUUCCGUCUUAUUUGUCAGCUCUGCAAGGACUUGAGCGACCUUUAAUGGGACGAUUACCAUUCCAGGUGCAGGCAGCUCCCAAAUAUGAUUCACCGGACGUACGAGUUCAUGUUGAAACUACAAAAUCAUCUAUACCAAUAAAAUCACGAAAAAAGCGACAGCUGUUUCCUUUUUACCAGCAGCAGGCACCUUCACAAGUACCACACGUUUUAAUCCAGACGCCAAGCUUUGGAGAAUUGGGAGGUGCCAUCCAUUCAGUUGCCCCUGCAUCCAUUUACAACCUUUUGAGACCCAUCCACUCUACGUACCACCCUAUUGCAGGUCCAUACAAUUAUCUAGGAAUUGCUGGACUACAGUAUCGCCCUCACGUAAACAUCAAUGUGCAGUCAGCCAGGUCGGUAAUUCCAGACAUUGGACAUGACAUCCAGAAACGAUCAGACGAGAAAAAGACAAAAAGACAGUUCUUAGCAGUUAUUCCGCCAUUAUCUCCAAGAUUCCCAUUAGGCUUAGCGGCAGGAAUGAUGAACAACUACCCCUCUUACUUACCGAUUCCAGCUCCUUCAAGUUUCCCAUACCCCCUUGUGCCACGAGCAUUUUAUCCAGAGGAAUCUGAAGAGGACAGCACAUUUUCUGACGCAUUAGCGCUUCCCCGUCCUUCACCGAUUCCACACGCUCCUUAUAACACAUUUUCAGAUGACGACAAUGAGUCCCCAGGAUAUAACCCACUGGCAUCAUACUUAACUGCACUUUAUAAUAGCUUCCUUGGAUAUCCACUCUAUCGCCGCCAUCGCAAACCUAAAGUUCACGUGGAGGUACACACAUCAAAGUCAAACAUACCAAAAGCCAAGGAGAACAUUCGAGAAGUUCAUUCACGUAUCUCUAAACGGCAGUUGUUUAACAUCUUACCCGGUUCAACUCUGACCGAAAAUCACCAUACCUCACCUGCAGCUUCAAAUUACGGUAUUCACCCGUAUUCUUCACGGGUAAGCAUCAACGAAGCAACUUCCAAGAGAAACAAAAUACCUGAAACAAACAGGGAGAAAAGAUUUCGCCAAGGACAUAAAUUACAGGCGAAAGAGGAAAGAAAUGGAGAAAAAAGAGACGAACUAAUGGGGAAUGGAGCUAUUGAACAAGACCCUUCUCAAGGUGAAGGAAAUUAUAUAAACCAACCAGACAAUCAAGUUUUAACUACAAACGAGGCCACUCCGAAUGAAGAAUACACUACUUCUAACGAAAACGACCAAAUGCAGGAGCUCCCACUACAACAGUCAUACGAAAAACCAAAUGACCAAAUCCAAGAACAGCGGCCUUAUUCAGUUCAACAGACAUUGCCUUUCCCUAAUCAACCUACGACAUUACCCUUACAAGCGCAACAGCUAGCUUACAGACCACCCUUGGCUCCAAUGCAAAUACCACCGCAGGUACCGAUACAAACAGCUGUCCAAGCACCACCAUAUAUGGCUCCGUCCUUAGGAGUAAUUCCUGGUACAUUACCAGCAUUCCCUAAUAUUCCUCUUGCUGAACACCCAUACGUGCAACAGGUUUCGGAUCUGCAAAACGAACAGCCUAAGCAUACGUCUAUUAAUGUUAACGUAGCUGCAAAAUCAACAGUCCCGGUGAAAAAGGCAAAAAAGAGUACGACCUCCCACGCUAAACGGCAGUUUGUAGUCUCCCCACAGGGAUAUAUUUCUGCCAACGGAAUGCCUAGUUCUUAUUCGCUCUAUAAACCAGCAGAACGUAGCAGAGGUCCGAGGGUUUCAAUCAGUGUACAGAGUAGCAGAAAAGAAGGAAUAGAGAAAGGCCCAGCAAAGCGCCAGAGCAUCUCACUUUUAACACGAUUUCCUGCAAUGCAAGUGUUACCUCAAACAUUUAAGCAGAAUGGCGUUUUGAUGCCCGCUUUUAACACCUUGCCAGUAAAUCAUAGAAUAAAGGCUAAUGGGAUGUUGUUAGAGGAACUUCAACGACAGAGGAAGCAUCGUAUUCCAAAGACGACUAAAAAUAAUAAAACAGCUACAAAGGAAAAUGCCAAGAAACGACAAUUUUAUGUGGAGCCAGCGUUAUCACCCUUAACAAUACAACAAUAUGCCAUAGCCAAGCAGCCAAGGGUUUAUACAAGGCCAAGAGUUUCAGUAAACGUUGAAGUGAACAAAAGGAAGUUCGUGUCUUUAAAGGAUAAACCUUCAAAUGAUUUAAGGCACAAGACACCCACUAAGGGCGAAUCAAAAAUAAGAAGACAAGUUUACGGAAUGGAGCAGCUUCCCAACAGCAUCCAGAUACCGGUAAAGAAUCCUCUUUUUUCACAGACACCCUCCACAGAACAGCAGCGUCGGGUCUCAGUAAACGUAGAAGUACUAAAAAAGAGUAACACUUUGUUAAAACGUAAAGGCCAUGAACCAAAACUAAACAAAGAAAAACGUCAAAUAUAUGGCUUAUCAGAGCUACCACAUGACGGACUGAUCCAACAACCUUUAACACUACCGCGUCAAAGUCAGCCAUUUGGAUAUCUGCCAAGCUCUCUUCACAGUCCACAUGUUUCUAUCAAUGUUGAGACAUCAAAGCGAUCCGAUGGAGUAGGCGAAAAUAUUUAUAAACGCCAAGUACUAGGUUUGCAGCCAGAUGUAGAGGAACCUUUUGAUCAAGCUCAGGAACCUCUUACACCCGGACAAGAAGCAUUUCAGUCAGAAGAAGCAGCACAACAGGACGAUACGCAGACCCCUAUAGAGGUACAGGAACAAUCAAAAGCAGACGAGACGUCGCCGAUAGCUGUUCAGUCCAAUAUCUUGGCUUCACAACGGGUGGAGGAUUCAUCCUCAGAACAACAAAUAUCUCGUGGUGUUUCAAUCGAUAACCUUGAUCAGCGUCCACAUGUUUCUGUUCAUGUUGAAGCUUCAAAACGAGGCAAAGGAGAAAGUAGGCCAGGGAGUAGAAAGGUAGCGAGAAGUACAAAAGGAGAAAAAAGAGAUAAAAGAGAGUUUUACCAAUCAAAUGGAAACGAACAACAAACUGUAGCAAGUCCACUACAACAAGAGCUGUUACAACAACAGCAACAGGUUUCACUACCACAAGCCUAUGCUCCACUAUUGCAGCAGCAGCAAGUUCAGCCGUUUCAACCGAUCAUGUUACCAGAUACACAGUCCGCGGAGUCAAGUACCCGGCCAAAAGUGAGCAUUAAUGUUGAAACAUCUUCAAAAUCUUCAAUAUCUAAAUAUAAUUCAGAUGAAAAAAGAACAGGAAGGAAAGCAAGACGUCAGCUUUUAAGCACCAUUCCUCUUCUUAGUUCUUUGGGACAAGCAAUAGCAGAUGGGCAACAAAGAAGAUCAACAGUUCUCGAAUCACUGGAAAAUCACAACAAACCCAAAAAAGGAUUUCGGGCUGAGAAAAAGGACAGACGGGUAUGGAAACGACAGCUUUACAAUUAUCUAGGGGGUCAACAGGAACAACAGAUUCUACCCUCUCAAGCUAUACAAGACGUAACAGGAACUGACCAACAACUGCAGAAUACCCCAAUGCAGCCUGUUCAGAUGUUUUCAGGCGGAGUCCAGGCACCACUACCGCAAAUUGGAGGAGUUCCUCAACCUACUGUUUUAGAAACAAGUGAUCAACAGGACCUUCAACAAUACCAAAACGAAAAAGAACAGCCAGGGAAUAAUCAGGAAGGUCCUAUCUCACCCAUUCAAGCUGAACCAACUUUAGGUUCUCUUAGUUCACUUGAACGUCCACAUGUAAGCAUAAACGUUCAAACAGCCAAGUCACAAGUGCCCAACCGGUUGAUUGCAAAAAGAAUGGUACCUGAGAAUACAAAAUUUAAACGACAGUUUGAUGUACUUGGUGGUGGCGGUGUAAUUGAGAGACGAAGAGGUCCAAAAUUCAUGACAGCACCUUUAAAGAAACCAAGAAUUGGAAAUGUUUUUGCAUUAGGUAAUAAUCCAAAUAAGCCUGCUGAAGUCUUCUCAGAUCCACUGGCAAACCUUCUCGCUGGUGGAAAUGAAAACAGAAAGAGACCAAAGCUGGGAGGAAUACGGCUUGAUAAUCCCACUGGUGUUGGAGCCUUACCACUCAAAGGGGCAGGAAACCCUUUGGAUGGUUUGUUUUCUCCUGAUGUUCGUGCACCGACAAUUCUUCAAGACAAUGGUGCAGAGGCGAUUUCUCCAUUCGUACAAGAACCAGCGCUGAUGGGAAAAAAUCCUAUAUUUCCCCCAAGUGGCAUAGCUGGUCCCCGAAUUGACGGUACUUCAAGAGAAGAUAACAUUCAGUUGCCAUUAAACGACUUAUCUUCCACUAGGCCGGCAAUUAUACCUCUACCUACUCUCAACCAAGCCAUAAUUCCCAAUGUGCCUUUGGCGGCUGCAGCACCACCCCUACAACAACGCCCAAUCCUUCUUGCCCCACAAGUGCUUCCAAUAGUUCCACUUGCAACACCAAUGCCACUACCGACUCCUGAAAUGGAAGAUACAACGCAUGACCUUCCAGCUCCUCCUCAGAUAGGCCCAAUAGUCCCACCGUUAUUGCCCGUUCCGUUGCCUAACGUGGCACCACCUCCAUCGCUUCAAAGCCCAGAUAGCUUACUUUCCGAGUCAGAUGACGACAAACCAUCAGUGCAUGUUAACGUUGAGACGUCAAGAUCAAAUGUUCCUGACGUAAAAAAAUCAUCCAAGAAGGCUACUGGCCCAGCAACUCAUGGUUAG